AUGGACAAGUUGAAAAGAGAAGUGUACGAUGAGGACAAUCGUGUUGCCAAAAUGGAGGCAAAGUCCUCUGUGGUGUUUGUUGAGACCCAGGGCAACAAGGUCGUUUACGAGAGCGUCUACCCCGUUGAACCUUUCAAAGAGGGCGCUAGAGGCACAUAUGGAGGAGAUUUCUUGGCGCAGGGGUUGAACGCGUGCUGGGAAUCGGUUGGCAGAGACAACUUCCAGCCUCAUUCCUUGCACUCCUACUUUGUCAAAGCUGGUUCCACCGAGAGCAAUAUCAGGUGGGAAGUGUUGAAAAUUAGCGACUCGAGAAACUUUGCCAAUAGACUAGGCAUGGCUUUCCAGAUACACACCAAUCAAUUGUGUUUCACCAUCCAGGUUUCCUUCACCAAGGAGAACGACUUGAUCAAAAGGGAGGAAGAUUACCAAAGUCUCUUGAAAUCGGGUGCGACCGACAUCAAGGCGAUUCCAUUUGAGUUCAAGCGGACGCCAAACGAGCGGUUUUUCAAGUACAAGGACCUGAUAGACGAUCUUUUGUACUUUGAACACACCAACGACAAUAUAGCGCACGCGGUGCCUCAUGAAAUGUUCCAAUACACGAAAAACUUUGACAAGGCAACGAUGGGCGACCAAGAGUUUGGCUUGUUUGUGCGGAUGCUCGACAACUACGAUCUCGGCAAGGACAAAUUAAGACAGAGUUUCCUUGGGCUUGCAUUCGAGUCGGACUCGUUGUGGUUAUCCACCGUUAUUAAAGCUAUGGGUUUGCCAUUGGCAAGCGACGAAAGCACCUUUUUCCGAGUGAGCUUGGACCAUUCCUUGUACUAUCACGAUUUGAAUUUCGAUUCGAGCAAUUGGUUAUUUUUGGAUUAUAGAUUUUUGAGCAUGGGAAACAACAGGAUCUUGUGCGUGGUUAAUUUUUACACUUUGGAGGGCAAAGCAGUGGCUACUGCUAUACAGGAAGCUUAUGGAUUCUUACCAAAGCAGAUGAUUGACAGAUCAAAAGCUUUGCAUGAGAAGUACAAUCCAAAAGCUGGAUCUAUAGAAACUGCCAAAUUAUGA